AUGAAUUGUGGUUCAAAAUAUACUUUUGUUCAAGAUGAUGAAGAGGAAGAAUUUGUUGUUGAUAGCAAUAUUUUCUUUCAAGGUGCUCAACCUCAACAACCUCAACAACCUCAACAACCUCAACAACCUCAACAACAACAACAACAACAACAACAACAACAACAACAACAACAACAACAACAACAACAACAACAAUCAAGAGGAUUCUUUAGUAUUUUUGGUAGAUCAGCAGCACCACAAGCACCACCACCAGCACCAAUGAAUAAUCGUGCACCAAAUCAACUUAAAGCUAAAAUAAAGAAAGCAACAACCAAUGUAUUAGUAGUCAAUUUAGGUACAGUUGCAAAGGAAUCAUCUAUUCAAACUGGUGAUGGUUACUUUUGUAAAAAAUGUAAUUGUGGUUUCAGCAAUAUCAAUGCAUUAAAAGAGAUAACAUUAAAUGAUGGUAAAAAGCAUCCAAAUAUUCCAACUGAUGGUGGUUUCGAUGGAAAUAAAACUUGGAAAUGUGAAUUUUGUUAUGAAGAGAAUGAAAUUGUCAUUGAUAAAGAAGAAAUACCACAAACAAAUAUAAUUGAUUAUAUUUUAGAAUCUGAACCAGUUGGUGAUAACAACAAUAACAACAACAACAAUAAAACUAAAGAAGAAAAAGAAAAAGAUGAAAAAGAAAAGAAUGAAAAAGAUGAUUCAUUUGUAAUCUUUUGUAUUGAUAUUAGUGGUAGUAUGGAAGUUACACAAUCUGUAAAUGGUUUAUCAAUUCCAAGUUCAUUAGUAUCAAAUUCAGGUAUUUACGAUAAUGAAAUUCCUGAAAAACUAGCUGCUCUUACAAAGGUUAGUUAUGUUUCACGUUUACAAUGUGUUCAAAUUGGUUUAUUACAUCAAAUUGAAAGUAUCGCUGAAAAGUAUCCAAAUAAACGUGUUGGUAUCGUAACAUUUAGUGAUAAGGUUACAAUGUUUGGUGAUGGCUCAACUGAACCAGUUACAAUCAGUGAUAAAGCUAAAUUAUUAGACCUCUCUCAAUUGGUUGAAGAAGGUGGUUUAUUACAAAUGAAUAAUCCAGUUUCAAAAACAAAGAAUUCAUUAUUGGAAAAGGUUAAAACAUUAAGAGGUAGUGGUAGCACUGCCUUAGGUUCUGCAGUUGCAGCUUGUGUUGGUAUUACCGGUGGUUCAAGAGGUUCACAAAUUAUCAUUUGUACCGAUGGUCAAUCAAAUAUGGGUUUAGGUGCAACUGAAGCACCAGAAAAACAACAAAUGGUAUUUGAACAAAUUGCAAAUAUGGCUCAAAGAAGUGGUACUUCCAUUAGUGUACUCACCAUUAAAGGUACCGAUACUAAACUUGAAGUGAUUGGUAAAUUGGCAAAUAAUACCGGUGGUGAAGUUAACAUUAUGGAUCCAAUCAAUUUAAAUGAUGGUUUCAAAGAAAUUCUUAGUUUACCUACUUUAGCAACAAAUGUAUCCGUUAAGAUAUUCCUCCAUAAAGGUCUUUACGUUAGUGACUUUGAUAAUAAUAAUAAUACUGAAAAGAGUUUUGUUGAAAGAGUGAUUGGUAAUGUAAAUCAAGACACAACAAUUUCAUUUGAAUAUGGUGUUAGAUCCUCUAAAUUAAUUGAUAAAUCUUUGAAAUCAAUACCAUUCCAAUUACAAAUCUUUUAUACAACACUCACUGGUAAGAAAUGUGUAAGAAUGAUCACUCAAACUCAAGAGAUUACAACAAGCUCUGAUUUGGCUGAAGAACAUGCAAACAUCGAGGCAUUGGGUAUUAAUAUGGUUCAAACCUCUACAAAGAUUGCUUCAUCAGGUGAUUAUGAAAAAUCUCGUGCUAAAAAUUAUUCACAUGCUGGACUUAUGCAAAAGGUAAUGAUGAAGAAACAAAAGGCUACUAAAGUCGAUUCAGAUGAAAUCGAUUCAAUGUCAAAUUAUAUGCAACAAGCUCAAGAUAUUGAAACUCAACUAUCAAAUACUGUUUCAAAUGAAAAGAGUUAUAAUUCAAGUGGUGAUAGAUUAAAAUCACGUCAACAAAAUCGUGAUGAUGCAACUGCUAAUAUGCUUUAUAAUAUGUCAAAUAUGAAUAGUACAAAAUCAAAGAAAAAAUUCAUUUAA